AUGGUGCUGAAAAAUCUUUAUAUUGCUAGACAUGGUUACAGAGCUAAUUGGUUACCAGAACCACAUCCAGUCUCCCCAACAGGUAUUGAUAGUGAUCCUCCAUUGGCAAAGCAUGGUGAAGACCAAGCUAAAGAACUUGCACACUACAUAUUGUCUAUUGAACCACACCCAGAAAUCAUAUUCAGUUCUCCAUUUUAUAGAUGUUUGCAAACUUCUUCUCCUAUAGCUGAGGUCUUGGAUGUUGAUAUCGUCUUAGAAACAGGUAUUGGUGAAUGGUAUAAACCAGAGAGACCUGUUAUUCCAAAUCCUGCAGGUUUUGAAACUUUAAGUCCAUUCUUUUCAAAAUUGAAAAAUACUUGGGAACCAACUGUUAAACCGUCAUUAAAAGGUGAAACCCCAGAACAAAUAUUUGCAAGAUGUCAAGAAUUUUUUCAAAAAUUUAUACCGAAAUUUGAAGCAAAAUAUCCACAUGUUGAAACUAUAUUGUUUGUUACUCACGCUGCUGCUAAAAUUGCAUUAGGUAUGGCUCUUUUGGGAUUCAACAGUGUUGAUGAACCAUUAGACGAUGAAGGUACAAGACUAAGAGCUGGAGCAUGUAGUUUAGAUAAGUAUGAAAGGGUCAAUCCAGAAGAGAUUGAAGAUGGUAAAGAAUGGAAAAUAACAAUGAAUGGUAAUUGUGAAUUCUUAACAGAUGGUGAAGAAAUGCAUUGGGAUUUCCAAAAUGGUUUCGAAGCUGGUUCAGAUGCUGAUAUCAAAGCUAGAAAAGCUGCUUUAGAAGCCUCCAAACAGGAUAAAGAUCAACUCAAUGCCCAAGAAGAAUAUGAAGAUGUGUACGUAACUUUGGAGAUUCCUAAUAAUAAUUUUAAUACUAAUUCUAUACCCCCAACAGCAAAACUACAAGUUAGUGGAUUACAUACAAAAGCUCCUUUGUUUAAAGUUGAUAAUGACAUUUAUCAAGGUGAUUGGCAAAAAUUAGUUGGUACUGAAGUUGCCUUCACAGAUGAUAUGGGGGAAAACUAUGUGGUGACGGAUAGAAUAAAAUUAGAGGAUGUUACUCCUUCAUAA